AUGGCUUGGCUCAUUCUUGGGAGUAAACCGAGACUUAUUUGUCUGUUCUGGUUUAAUCCGAUUCCAGAGGGGUAUGAUGCUCGUUUGGUCCGUCCAAGUAUAGAAGCCGCAUUUAAGAAGAUAGGCUACUCUGGUCCUGUUUCUAUCACUGCCUAUACCGCCUAUAAAGAAACCCCUCAUCACCACCUCGUAGGGCUCUCUUCCACUGGAGUCGAUCUUGCACAUACCCUCUACUGGUACAAAGGCUCUCGCAUGUACGACGAUGUGAGGCAAUGGGAAAAUGAUAAUCCUGCUCCGGCUUCAGUGAUGCUCAUAUCGGAUGUGGAUCGGGACGAUUACAUCCCGUCGCUUAUUUCUCGUUAUCUACAAAAGAGUAACUACAACUGUUUUUUGGCUUAUUCGUUUAGGCCUUGUAAAAUGACAGUCAUGCUCACUUCCGCUGCAUGGCUCUGGGAAAGCUUACUUUCAGUUUUUUCAGAGAAAAGAAGACGGCACAUUCUUAAGAAUUGCAGUGAAAGUGCAUCUACGGGAAUGUUUUAUUGCAAAUUGUGCUACGACUGGGAUUGCGAAAGCCUCGAUGAGUUCACUAAGCAUCUCUCUAGAAGUAAAACACAUGCAAGGGAAGAGUAUAGAAUUAUUUCGCAUUCUGAUUUUCUCGAUCGCGAGCGCACGCUAACUAAAAUAUCCAACUACAAUCAUGAGAUAGGAUAUUCUCCCAAGAACAAACGUAUGAGGAAAUGAAGCUUCCUGAAGUGAAGCUCUUAUAUUCCUUUCUAGUCUAUGUCUCCUUUUUGUUUGUUUAAACCCAACGCUCAUCAGAGCCAUCAACAACGACUUGCAGGUAAAAGAGAUCUUUGGUAUUGUCAAAGAUAUCCAAAGGAUCUCAUCUGCGUUUGUCGAGAUAUCUUUCUCUCAUCUCUCUCGAUCGCUGAAUGUGGAAGCGGAUCGUUUAGCAAAACUUUCCCUAUUUUCGUCUCGUGUACCGGACCCAUCUUUGGGCUAAAAAUACUUUGGGCCUGAGGCCUUUUCAUUUUUAAUUUAAUGAGCAAGUAUUACAAAAAAAAAAAAAAAAACCCAAUGCUUGUUUAAAUUAAAUGGAAUGGUGUUUUUUUUCUUCCGUUUAUUGAACUUCUUAAACAACAAAUGGUCUUGGGAUUUGUGGCCUAAGUAAAAAAUAAAGUAAAAGACACACUGGUGAUGAUAGUUCA